AAACUGCACUUGGGCCCUUGCCCUUGCCUGUUCCCUGUUCCGGUGCCGUCUGCCCUAGGCCGAUCCAUGCAAUCGGAUUGGCCCAUGCUGCUAGUGACUGCGAGGUGCGCGCCGCAUCGCUCAGCCUCGCCUCAUUGGCUCGAAUGUGCUUGGCGCAGUCGGCGACGAACCGGUCGCCUUCGACUGUGUCCAUGGCCGGGCCGCCUUGCUUGCUUGUUUCCCGCUCGGCCAGCCAAAAUCAGAUGUGUCGAUUGGUGCUAAGACAAGGGAGGUGAUGUGAGCCAAGUGGACCCAGGUGGAGAGAGCUCUUUGCACGUGUGGCGCGCGCCACCGGCAUCGAAGACGCGAAGUCCAACACUUGUUAACCUCGCGCUCCUUGCUCUUGGCCACAUACGAUCGAGCGACCUUCGUCAGCGCCAAUCAAUAAUGUCAUCAACUUUAGAGCAGCCCAGUGGGACAAAGGCGACAGCAUGGACAGAGACAUACCAAGUCCUAUACGCCAAAGGCCCGCGCAAAUCGCCUAACUUUUUCGACGGCGUUGUGACAUUUCACCUUCACAACAAGCUGAUCCUGCUGCGCGACGAUAUUGGUCUCUUGCUGCUGGAGAGCUUCUACUCACCUAGGUACCACGGCGGUCUUCCGACAUACCGCUCAGGCACAGUAGCUGGAAGCACACCCAGUUUUGGCGAGGGAACAAAGCUGGAAGUGGACGAUUUCCUUAUCGAGAUUGGGGAACGGUCAGAGGUGAAAGAGAAGGAUAUCAGCGUCACGCUGGCACACAAGGGAUCCAGUUCAAGUUCAAUGACGACGUCAAAUAGCGCUCCUAUCCCUCCGGCGUCGAAGCCAAGGACCAGGCAGAAAGCGAUGUCCCGCGCACUGCUCAGUGCAGACGACAUCCUCGCAUCAACUGUCCUCGGACCGCAAAAGGUGCAAGCCCAACAAUCUUCUCCAGCUCAGAAUCACUCUCGUGUGGCUUCAAACCAAACUGCCUCAACCGCAGCCAGGUCAUUGCAUCAGUUCAGCAACACGUCGAGCGUGGUUCCUCAACCCAGGAGCGAACCCGCCCCACUACUAUCGGCUGGGGAGGGCCCUCGUCCGUCGUCGCCUCCUUCUUCUCCUCUGAAAAACACUUCAUUCAUGUCCGUGAAAGCGGCAAUGAACGUCUCGAGCACCGAUCACGCAGAGGAAGCCGGAAGGGGAGGAAGAGGACGACUGAGCGGCCUGUCGUCAUCUUCGACAGCAAAGGUCGGGUUCCGAGUCCCUCUCAAGUCGACAGCGGCCCGUCUCAACGGCGAGCCAAGUGAAGAGGCAGAGCACCGUCCCACAAAGACAAGGCGGCUUGGAACCGGAAUGACUCGAACAGCGAGCUAGCCCGGUCUCGACACACCCACUUGAUCGACAUGAUGCAAUGCUACGCAGGAGCUCCGUGCGGCAUGACACGAAGGCCAUGUAUCGCUUUGACAAUCUGUAGCAUAGAACCGACAUUCUCUUUCCCGUUCUUCGAGAGGUCUCACCAUCGCCAAGGUGGCCAUUCAAUUGCUCUUUACAACAACAUUCGCGAUUUUGACGAUGGUCAAACGCAGUGACACUCCACAUGAGCGAAGUGGGCAAUGUCUGGUGCAAUUACCAACACCGACUAG